CCAAGCGCCCGCCAAGAUGGCGCCGUGUGGGGCGGCGGGGGCCGCGGGCGGGGGUCCCGGCCGGGCGGGCGUCGGGGCGGGCCCGGCCCCGGGACGGGGAUCGGGGCGAGCGGGGGUCGGGACGGUCCUGGCGGCCGCGUUGGCGGUGUUUGGCUCUCUGCAGGUGGCCCGCGCCGGCGGGAGCCCCCCCAGCGAGCCUCUGCUGCAGCCGUACCCGCCCUGGCAGCACGGCCCCCGGCACGGCCACCGGCACGUCAGGGACUGCCAGCCCGUCAAGUACGGCAACGUCACGCACGAAGCGUGGCCCGGCGACAGCAGCACGGCCGGCCCGGUGGCUGUCACCAGAACGUUUGUCUCGUACAUCCACCCAGAGGGCAGCGACCGCAGCGUGAUCUAUGGCCAUUUCACUUUCGUGAGGAACCCUCUCAGGACCUUCUCCGUGCUGGAGCCGGGCGGUGCCGGCGGCUGCCUGGCUCAACGCAGAGCCCCCGUGGAGGAGACUGCCAAGCUCAGGAAGUGUCUGGUGGCCCAGAACGGCGGGUACUUUAACAUGCAAACUGGAGAGUGCCUUGGGAAUGUUGUGAGCGAUGGGAAGCUGGUCAGAAACUCCGGAGGCCUACAAAACGCUCAGUUUGGCAUCCGGAAGGAUGGCACCAUGGUGUUCGGUUACCUGUCUGAGGAGGAUGUCCUGGAUCAGUCAAACCCUUUUGUGCAGCUUGUGAGUGGGGUGGUUUGGCUGCUGAGGAAUGGAGAGGUGUACAUCAACCAGAGCCGGGCGGCCGAGUGUGGUGACACUCAAACCACAGGAACCUUCGACAGGUUCAUCAAUGUGAUCUCAGCCAGGACUGCGGUGGGACACGACCGUCAGGGCCAGCUGGUCUUGGUUCAUGUGGAUGGACAGACAGAAUCCAGAGGGAUCAACCUGUGGGAUAUGGCAGAAUUCCUGAAGCAGCAGGGAGUCAUCAAUGCUAUCAACCUGGAUGGCGGAGGCUCAGCCACGCUGGUCCUGAACGGGACCCUGGCCAACUACCCCUCUGAGCACUGCUCCUUUGACAGCAUGUGGCGGUGUCCCCGGAGCAUCUCCACCGUGGUGUGCGUGCACGAGCCGGGCUGCGACCCUCCCGACUGCAGCGGCCACGGGCUGUGCGUGGCCGGGCACUGCCGCUGCCACGGCCGCUUCUGGGCGGGCCCCGCCUGCGACACCUUGGACUGCGGCCCUGCCAACUGCAGCCUGCGCGGCGUCUGCAGCGCCUUGAUGCCUGUUCCAUGUGUUUGCACAGCUGGAUGCCUGUGUGACCCCGGCUGGACUGGCAGCAACUGCACUGAAGAGUGUCCCCUGGGCUGGUUCGGGCCGAACUGCCAGAGCCGCUGUGCGUGUGACCACUCGUGUCCCUGUGACCCCGAGACGGGCAGCUGCAACAUCACCCACCACGGGGCACUGCAGGACCGCCUACACAGAGCUGGACAAUGUUUGGCCUCCCAGAAAAAGGAAAAGAGCAAAGAAAAAUUCUCUCUAUCAGAGAGCUCCUGGCUCUCCCUGAGCUCUGCCUUGGCCCUGCUGCUUGUGCUGAGUGCCCUGGGGAACUUGGGGCUGCUGCUGCAGGGGCGGCGGCAGCACCGGGACCGGGAUUACGGCUACCUCCCCCUGAGGGACAUCAACGGGGACAGUGCUCACAGCCCCGCCUCUGCUGCCUGGGACCAGGAGGACACUCAGGAGCCCGAGGACACUCAGGACCCAAACCAAGAGCUCCUUUAGUCAUGGAUGGGAUGAGGUAUUUCACCCUGCAUUCCCCUCAGCACCGACUGGGACUGUUCCUGCUGGGAGCCUCAAACUGCUGCCUGAGGAACCUCAGCCCAAGAGCUGCCCUAUUGAGGCUGUGGUUUCCCUUCCUCUGCUGCCCCAGCACCCAGGACUGCAGCAUUGGGGGAUGCAGGACAUCUCUUGGGUGAGGGAAUUCCACAGCUGCAGCAGGAAAGGAGAUGGGCUGGUUCCUUCCAAAACUUGGGGGAACCAGGUGAGGGAUGCAAGUUACAAGCACCUCGGAUCCCUGCUCACCUGAGCAGUACUUUUUAAGAUGCAAGUUUAACUGCCUCUAGUACAAAGCUGGGCCUAAGGGUAUUACAGUCAAUGUCUGCCCUUCCUUGCUAAACUCAGAUUUUAAUCAGAAAAGUGACAAAAAGUUUGUUCCAAAAUGUUGAAGCAGGUGGAGCACCCAGUGCCAGCAGAGCCCUCCUCUCCCAGCCACGAUGGUGGCUCAGGGGUGACAGGCAGGGCUGUGACAGCCCCGUGCAGGGCUGGAGUGUUUUCUGAGCAGUCCUGAGGCCAGAGCAGCCGCAGAGGGUGAUGAGUGCUGUGCUUUGGGGCAGCUCCUGCAGCACAGCACCACAAAGGGCCCUGUCAGGUCCCAGGUUCCAUUUGUGCAUCACUCCAACCUGCAGGAGCCAAAGGCUGUGCCCGGCUCCGUGGCUGAGGGACCCUGCAGUGACACAGCCUGGAGCUGUCCCGUGGGGAAGGCACAGACAGGGACAGCCUGGCACGGCUGGCAGGGCACAGCCUGGGCUGCCCUGCCCCACUGGGCACUCCUCAGAGGGACCCGCCAGGUCUCCAGCACCGCCAGGAUCCUGAGCACCCCUCUGAAAAUCUGGAACACGUCCCUGCACAGUUACAUUAAAACAGUGUUUGAAUUUGCUUCCCCGUGAGGGAAACCCAGCCUUGGAUGAGCCCCUUGGAUGCUGCAGAGGGGUGGGAGCCUGUCUGAGCCCCACACAUCUUUAUGCACUCCCUCCCUUUUUACCUCUCCAAGUAAAGGAUGUGUGAUUUCUGUGCCAAUGUUGGCAGCAAAUCAGCCUGUAACCUAGAGAUUCUAUUUUUCUAUGAU